GUAAAUAUCUCUACCCAGUCAUCAUCAAUCAUCACCUCCAGUGCUGCCUCACCCUCUUUCCUUCUCCUCCUCCCAAAAAAACAGCAAACAAAGAAAAAAAACAAGAGAGACUCAGUGAGUUUCUCAGAGCAAAUUAACCAAAGCAAUGAAGAAACUAAAACACUACUAUUCCCACCACCACAACUCCUCAGAACAACAAAGAAAAUGUAUUUUCCCAGUAAUAACCAUGAUCUCUCUUUUCUCUCUCUUCUUCCUCCUCCUCUUCGCUCUCACACUAACACCUCUCUCCGCCACACGCUUCUUCCCAUUCCCUAUCUCCACCGCCACCACUCCUCCUCCUCCCUACCCCUUCGUCGAGUCCAAGCUUUUUCCUCUCCCAAUCCCACCCCCCUCCCCUCUCCCGCCGCGCCUCGCCUACCUCAUCUCCGGCUCCUCCGCCGACGCCUCCGCCAUCCUCCGCACGCUCUCCGCCCUCUACCACCCCCGCAACCGCUACGUCCUCCACCUCGACCGCGACUCCUCCCCGGAAGACCGCCGCCUUUUAACCCGCCACGUCGACCGCCAUCUCACCUUCCAGAAGUUCCGCAACGUCAGGGUCGUCACCAAGGCCAACCUCGUCACCUACCGCGGCCCCACCAUGGUCGCCAACACUCUCCACGCCGCCGCUAUUGCGCUCACGGAGAGCGAUGACUGGGAUUGGUUCAUUAAUCUCAGUGCCUCCGAUUACCCCCUCGUUACCCAAGACGAUCUGCUGCACGCGUUCUCACAUUUGCCACGCGAUCUCAACUUCAUUGAUCAUACUAGUGACAUUGGUUGGAAAGAUCAUCAACGGGCGAGGCCUAUAAUUAUUGAUCCGGGGUUGUAUAUGACCAAGAAGCAAGACGUGUUCUGGAUUACGCAGAGGAGAAGUAGGCCAACGGCCUUCAAACUUUUCACAGGUUCGGCUUGGAUGGUUCUUUCAAGAUCUUUCAUUGAUUAUUGCAUAUGGGGAUGGGACAAUUUACCUCGGACUGUUCUCAUGUACUACACAAAUUUCAUAUCUUCCCCUGAAGGGUACUUUCACACUGUUGUUUGUAAUGCUCAAGAGUUCAAGAACACAACUGUUAACAGUGAUCUUCACUUCAUUGCUUGGGACAAUCCUCCCAGGCAACACCCCCACUACCUUUCUCUCGAUGACAUGAAAAGGAUGGUUGACAGCAACGCCCCCUUCGCGAGAAAGUUCCAUGGAGAUGAUCCGGUAUUGGACAAAAUCGACGCAGAGCUAUUAUCUAGAGGUCCUGGGAUGGUUGUUCCUGGUGGCUGGUGCAUAGGAAGCAGGCUGAAUGGGAGUGAUCCUUGUUCUGUAGUUGGUAAUACUACUGUCCUCAGGCCUGGCCCAGGUUCAAAGAGGCUAGAAACUUUGAUCAAAUCAUUGUUGUCUGAUGAAAAUUUUCGACCUAAACAAUGUGUAUGACAAGAAGCUACUGCCACUUGCUUUAGUUUUCAUCUCUAGAUUUAGUUAACACGAUCAGUGAAUUCAUGUGCCUUUUUACUAAGAAAUGUAAAUAUUGAGAGUGUAAAACACAAACAUGAUUUUGAUUAAAUUGACAUGAAUUGACAGCAGAGCUAAAUCACAUUAUGCAA